GGACUUCAGUGUUGUGGGUCUCCUCCUCCUCCACCUCCUCCACUAGCAUUGUGCUGGUCUGGGAAUGUGUCUGUGAUUUUGUGACUGGGAAACAUCUCUAGUUUCUGUGUGGGUUCAGGGUAAGACAGUGAUGUGAAGAAGACAGAGCAGAGCAAGAGAGAAACACAGUCAGAAAACCAAGGAAUACAACCAGAGAAGUUUGAAGGAGGAAGGUUUUUCUUUUCUGGAUUUCUACGAAACAUGGAAACUCUAUAUGACGACACUGACGAUGAGCGUCAGGAGAAACGAGGUUGUUUUGAGUGCUGUAUUAAAUGUCUGGGCGGCGUGCCGUACGCGUCUCUGGUGGCCACCAUCCUGUGCUUCUCCGGCGUGGCGCUCUUCUGUGGCUGCGGACACGUCGCUCUGACAGGAACCCUCACCAUCCUGGAGAACCACUUCUCCAAGAUCACCACAGACCACGCCAUGCUGACUGACAUAAUCCAGCUCAUGCAGUACGUCAUAUACGGCAUCGCCUCCUUCUUCUUUCUGUACGGCAUCAUUCUGCUCGCCGAGGGGUUUUACACCACCAGCGCCGUCAAAGAGCUCCACAGCGAGUUCAAGACCACUGUCUGCGGACGCUGCAUCAGCGGGAUGUUCGUGUUCCUGACGUAUAUCCUGGGAAUCGCCUGGCUUGGGGUUUUUGGCUUCUCAGCGGUUCCCGUGUUUCUGUUCUAUAACAUGUGGUCGACCUGCGCUGCCAUGCGCUCACCGAUGGCCAACCUGACCUCCAUCGACAGCAUCUGUGUGGAUGUGCGGCAGUACGGUAUUAUUCCGUGGAACGCAACACCAGGCAAAGCUUGCGGCUCAACGCUAGGUGAUAUUUGCAACACCAGCGAGUUCUAUCUGUCCUAUCAUCUGUAUAUCGUCGCCUGUGCCGGAGCCGGAGCGACGGUCAUUGCUCUGAUCCAUUACCUAAUGAUCCUUUCUGCAAACUGGGCCUACCUAAAGGACGCCAGUCACUUGCAUGCGUACCAAGACAUCAAAAUGAAGGAGGAGCGGGAGCUACAGGACAUCCAGUCGCGCUCCAAAGAGUGCCUCAACUCCUACUCGUAAGGAGGGUUAACACUGCCAACCAACCAACCAACCGACCACUAACCAGCCCUAACUCACUAACCCGCUCCGCUAACCUGCAGUCUGUGCCCAUUCAUCCAUCCUUCACGCUCACGCUCUCCUCUCAGCCCUUUGUGAAUCGCAAACGUUGCACUAUUGGAAACACAGCGGAAAUGCAAAUCAGAUUCUGUUCGUAACCAGAAGAGAUUUGCCUUAAAACAUCGUAAACAUUUAUAUUAUACAAGUGCAUGCUUAUUUGACCUUACAUGUUAUGCUUUUUAAUGAAAAAUAACAUGCACUUGCAUUAUAAACAUGUUUUGCAUCCUCUCAAAAUUUGAAAACAUUCCCAGUCAUUUUUUUUUUUUUUGAAUACUAUUAUUUUGAAGAGAAAUAAUCAAAGGAUUCUUCUGAACUAAAUUCGUCUGGUUGUCUUUGAAUGUUUGAAUUUGUUCAUGUGCAAUAUGUGCUGUUUGCUGCUUACUGUUGUUUGGAAAUGGUAUGUGAACAGAACACAUUAUGCAACGAGAUUUUGCAUGUUUGUUUCGGCCAGUGGCAUCUGAUGGAAGCUUGUUUCCGACAAGGGAUAAAAAAAGGGACUUUUUGUCCCAUAAUUCCGACUUUUUUUCUUGCAAUUCUGAGAAAAAUGUCCAAAUUGUGAGAGAUGAACUCACAAUGAAGAGAAAAAUGUCAGAACUGUGAGAUUUUAAAAAAAUUACAAUUAAAAAGCAUAACCUUUUUUUCCCGUAGCAACAACAAAAAUUUGUGAGAUAUGUGUCAGAAUUGUUAGAUGCAAAUGUGAAAUUGUGAGUUUAUAACUUGCAAUAUACACUUGUGACAAAAAAAGUCAAGAUAUAAUUUGUAAUUCUGAAGAAAAGUCAGAAUUUUGAGAAAAAGUAAAAAUUGUGAGAUAUAAACUCAAAAUUACAUGUAAAAAAUAAAAAUUGCAAGCUAUAAGAUAUAUUGAGAAAAAACAGAAUCUUGAAGAAAAAGUCCAAAACGAAAAAUAAAAACUUAAUAUAAUUCAUUCUAAUGCAAAAUAUAAUUCAUAAUUCUGAGAAAAAGUUGAAAUUGUGAGAUAUAGUAAUAAUUGCAAGAUAAAAGCUGAGAAAAGUCAAAAUUGAGAAAAAGUAAAAAAUGCAAGAUGUUGAAUCUUUAAUGUUUAAGAUGUUAAUCUUUUCAAUUGUGAUAUGAAAACCUGCAAUUAUGAGUCUAUAACUUGCAAUAUACACUCGCAAUUGAGAAAAACCUUCAGAUAGAAUUCAUAUUUCUGAGAAAAAAUUGCGAGAUAUAAAGUCUGAGUUGCAAACUGUUAUGAGUUUAUAACUUGCAACUGCAAGACAAAUGUGCAGUACUGAGGAAAAAAACCACAGGGAAAAAACAGAAUUGUGAGAGAAACUCAAAUCUGAGAGAAAGUCAGGCGGUUUAUAUCUAAUUCUGAGGAUUCUUUUGAAAAGUCAAAAUGACCUUUUUUAUAUAUAUAUAUAUAUUACUUUUAUUAUUAUUUUUAUUUCGUGGUGGAAACAGGCUUCCAUAGCAUACAAAUAUCCUUCUUGGAAACAAAUUUUUUAAAAUUGUCUUGAGGUGUGGACGUGAGUUAAGCACAUUGCAUUGUGGGAUGCUGCAGGAAUGCUGAUGGUGUUUGUACGCAGGUCCGAAGCUCUCGUGAUGAGCAGGUUUUCACACUACCUCACAUUACCACUGUUAUCAUCAAAUUACUGUCCGGUCCACUAUCCCAGAAUCCACCUUCACAUCGCAGAAUUACCUGCUAUAUUACGAACAAAAGUACAGUGCUGUCCCAAAAAUGCAUGAAUGAAUAAUGACAACAUGACCAACUGAAGCCUCCAAAUGCACAUUCAUUUAAUGCUUAUGGAAGGGUGGUUUUAUAAUUCUCAUUAAAUUGUAAUUAUUGUAAUACAAUCAUUUUUAACAACAAAUCUUACCAUGAUUGUAUAAAUACUUUUUGCAUGAAAGUAAUGAGAUUUGGAGGGUUUUACCCAAUUUAGUUUGUACCAAAUUCUGUAAAGUAUAACACCGCAGCUGCUCAUCUUUAUUUUAUUUUUCUUUGUUUUAUUUGAAUUUUUAGUUUUUUAUUUUGUUUAUUCUUAUUUUUUUAAUUUGUUUAAUUUAUUUUAUUUUAUAAUAGUGCAUUCGAAUUGCAUCAGUGUGAAUGUGAACUCUGACAAGCAAAAAAAUAUUUUUAUUUGGGGAAGGAUACAACAACAGUAACAAAAUGUGCAAUUGUAAAUACUGACAAAAUGGCUCUUUUUUCACACUAUUUUUGUUAUUCAUCCAUCGUUUGACUUGAGCAGGACAGAAUCUGGUCAUACUGGAGGUCAUUUGUAUUGACGUGUUGUAGGCAGCAUUUGCCAGACUUUAACGUUAUAAUAUGCUUUGUUUUCUUAGAGUUUGUGUAGUCCAUGUAAUGUGUUCAUUGCUGUUAAUGUAAUUCACAUAUACUGUAUGAAUUCUGUAUAAUACUGUCUUUUUAACCUUAUAGUCUGCCAAUAUUUUUAAUUCAUUUUAGGGGAUUCCCUUAGUUUUUACUGCUAUUUUGAAAUUUAAAAAAAAUAAAAAAAUAAAAAAAAUUCUGUCCAAACUGUUUCUAUAAUACUCUUUUAUAAGCCCCAUGACUUACAUGAUUUAAAAAAAAAAAAAAUGAUUUCCCAAAAUGUUUAUGUAUUAUGCAUGUUUUUUGAACGCUUUAAAGUCUGACUUUGAUCAAUUCAAUCCUGUUCACUCUGUUCUGGUGGAUCGUGAACAUGAAAAACUGCCCAGAGACGCUGAACGUGUGUUCAGGCCUUCAAACCAGCUAUUGUAUUUUAUACAAAAAUAAAACAGAAUAAAAGA